ACGAAUCAAUUGCUGCCAUCGUGUUUUGCAAAGCCAACCACAAACCCUGCAAAUACAAUGCUUUCUCUACGAAAUCUCGCCCGCAGCGUCCCGCGGUCCGUCGCUCGCUUCUCCACAAAAGCAGUGCGCCCGCAAACUGCGCUGCGCCAGACGGCUGCUUUCCAGCCAGCAUGGACUGCCGCUGUGCCCAGACUCACAGCCUCUUUCUCCAUGUCUGCAGCAAGAAGAGAAGAUAGCGGUAUCAAUGAAGAGCUGGUUGCGAAGCUGCAGAGCGAAAUCGCCAUGGAGGAGAGCAUGAAGGAGGAUGAGGAUCUCUCGGCAAACAUCAAGGAAUACCUUGAGAACAGCCCCUUUGAGAUUGAGGACCAGGAUGGCAACCAAGAAGUCGUCCUGACCCGCACGUACAAUGACGAAAAGAUCCGCAUCACCUUUACCACUGCCGACCUCAACACCAACCAGCCUGGGGAUGAGUUUUCCGAGGACAGCGCCAUGUACGACGAUGCCGAUAUGGAUGUGCAGUCUGGAGGCGCAAACACCAAGGGUGCCAUCAACCAGGGCAAGACUCCAGAUGGAAACAUCCGUGUAGCGCCCGAGGACCGCGUUGCUCCUGCUGACCGUGAAGAGCUCGAGGAUGACUACGAGAACGACGAGUCACAGCAAGGCUUCCCUGCCCAUGCUAGCAUCCGCAUCGAGCGUCCCGGCAAGGGCGCUUUGGCUAUCGAGGCUACUGCUCAGGAUGGCGAUUUCCUGAUCGAGGAUCUCUACUACUUCCCAUCAGCUGAUUUGGCUGACCCUGCCACCGCUGAGAAGGAUUGGGCAAGGCGUGCGCUCUACACGGGCCCUCCUUUCAACAACCUAGAUGAGGACCUCCAGAUUCUGCUUGAAAAGUACCUCGAGGAGCGUGGCAUCAACACUCGUCUUGCGCUCUUCAUCCCAGACUACAUUGAUCACAAGGAGCAGAAGGAAUACGUCAGAUGGCUGAACAACAUUAAGAACUUUGUCGCAUAAGUUCGGACUGGACUACUCCACAGCCAUGUGUAAAACACAUUGGCACGACGAAACGACGCUUCGAUGAGGGUAGAAUGAGUCCCUUUUGUAUAAUCUAGUAACACAUAGUGAGGUGUUUUUUGUAAGAUAGCUGGUAAGAUAUCUCUUCUUUAUGCCACUCGAGGUCACAGUCAAAGAUGCCUUGUAUUGGCCAAAAUGAAAUGAAUAAAAGCGUUUGAAAGUU